CGGGAAAAAUUAAGGAAGAUUUUCAUUGGUUUUCUGUUUUUCUUGGAAUAUCAAAUAGGAAUGUUAAACAAACGCUUACUCAUUUUAAAGUUUAUUCUAAAUAUUAUCAUGAAAAGUCGGAAAUGGCAGAAAUCAUUUUAAAAUCUUGCAUUACGCCAACCCAUGAGUUUAUUAACGAUAUAAAGGAAACACAAAUUGUUUUCGGAAAGGCUGUGAUUGAAGCAAAAGUUUAUUCUAAUAGUGACAUUUUAAAAGCUCAUAGCACUGAAGCACAAUUCAGAAGUGGAUCUUCUGUGAAUAACGUUAAUUUAAAAAUUUUAGAUGAAGAUAAUAAUGAAAUAAAGAGAUUUAAUAGUAAUUUAACUUCUAAAUUUGAAACUAUUGGCGGAGAUGAUCCUAAUCAGUGGGAAAUAAUUGGAUAUGAAGAUAUCAAAAUAAUAUUUCAUUUGUUAAAUUAUGAUAGCAAGAGCCAAAUUUUGUGGGAAGAAAUCUUAAAUAUUUUGGGCUAUCGAAUUUUAAGAGCUGGUGUUGAAUCUUUAAGUUUUGAUCCUAAUGAAACAACGAUAAAUUUACCGUUUGGAACAAAGCUAACUAAAAUCCAAAAUCUUUCUGAAUGUCACAUUUAUGCAUCAAUAAUGAAUAAAAAUGUUAGGAAAGUAUUUUCUUUGCAUGUUGAUUUUGUUGACGAAGACACAACCGAAAUAAUUAUUCAAUUAAUCCAACAUAAAAGGAGUAGAAAAUGGUAUCUACUUAAAAAAAGUUAUUCAUUUAAAAUUUGUUGGAUUGUUGUUGGAAAACCAACAGAUCUCGAUUUUGAUAUAACAAUACCAGAAUAUCCAGUAAUACUUAGAAGCUAUAAAUUUAGUGAUUUUUACGAGGACAGAAAUUUUAUGCAAAUUUCAAUUCCUGCAGUCCAAAGUUUUCGAAAACUUAACGAAACUUGCAUAUUAAGUACUUGUGUGUCAGAACAAAGUUCAGAGACUAAUAAAUACGAACCUACAAUUAUUGGUACUCAUUUCUCGCCUUCUAAAAAUGAAAAAAAUGUGUGCUUGUUUGCAUAUACUUAUUGUAACGGAGUAUAUUCUAUUGAUUCGAGUAUUUUGAAAAGAUUUUAUUACAUUUUUGAUAUGACUUAUGAAAUAUUUAAGUAUUAUGAUUUUGGGCAAGUACAAGUUAAAUGGUUUAGAAGUGACGAAAAACGAAAAUUAUCUUAUGGUAUUGAGAUUUCACAAAAUGAUAAAAACAAGAUCUUUCCUGGAAACUUUGGGAAUUAUAGUAGGAAUGACGAAA